UUCCGCAUCCCUCUCUUCCCACAAUCGCCUCCCACAUACUCACUCAUCUCUCUCUCUCAUUCCCACUCAAUAUCUCUCCCUCUCUCUCUCUCUGUCUCUCUCACAUUCAAACUCACACUCACACUCACACACACACACACACACACUCUCUCUCUCUCUCUCUCUUUCGCGCAGGGCCCGCUUACUUUUUAUUGUUUCGUGCUACAUAAUCCUCCCCUCCCCAAAAAAAAACUCCCCAUCCGCACACUACAAAGACUUAUCCCUCACUCUAUUGCUCCUUCUCGUCUCCUCCCUCACUCCCUCACGACGCAAAGCGCCCCCAACAAUCCACCCUGCUUCGCGCUAGAUUUUCCGCCCCCAGUCUGCCUGGUUUUGCUGACGCCCGCCGGUUGUCUCCCUUCCAUUUUAGCCCGCGCAAUAGAGGAUUCCUGGAGAAAGCUCCUGCCGCUUAAGACAAUCAACUUUACACCUACUUCGUAUAUAAUUCACGAACGGGAAGCCGAAACAAAACCCAGCAACCAACCACAACAGCCAACCACUCACUCGUGGCCGACACUCGACCUUUACCUGUGUGCGUCGCGCUACCGGCCAGCCACCGCACACUCAACCUCUGUGUGUGAUAGACGACGGUCGACAGACGACAGGCGCCCCGACUCGUGCCGCCAUCGCAAUCACCCAUCUCGAAACUCUCGAUCCCCCGCUCCCGCUUCACCCCCGGCCCUCAACCCUCGACCGCACUCGUGCGACUGUCUCUGCUGCAACACAGAGACCGCCCGCGAACAUGACGACCACCGCCCGGCCAACAGGUCGCUACGGAAGCUUCCCAAUGGCAAACGGCCAGAACGAAAAGCAGGCCCCGGCCGUCCCUCCCACCUUCGCCGCCUCAAACCUCUAUUCACAAAAUAUCUGGACCUCCACCUAUGGCGGCGCCAAGAGAGACACUAGAGGCCCCGAAGACUCCUUCUCCGGACAGCCCUCCGGCUCCAGCGCCCUCAGAGAGAAUUCGGAGGCCGAGACCUGGGGCCAGAGACCCUGGAACCCGGACAGCCAGACUCGGACCGCCUCCGGCAGCGCCUCUCCCAACCGUACCCGCGACAGCCUGCACAGCACCACUUCCUUCUUCGACAACAAUGCCGUCGGCCAGGGACGUUCCCUCAUUAACGGCCGCCCCAAGUCAUACCUUGAGGAUGACAAGGAGAACACGGCCUUCGCGCCCAGCUACAACAGCCCCUUUGACGCCACCUACGCGAGGCAGGAGAAGCGCGGCUCGAAAGACAAUGCCUACCUGAGCCUUGGCGUCGUUGGCGCUCCCUCGAGAGACAGCAGCAUCCCUCCCUCGCGUCAGUCGGACGAUUCCCAGCACCACUCGCCCCCGGCCUUCCGAGACACAUUUGGCUACGGCCACACGCCGAGCAACUCGAUUACCUCGUCCCGCCCGGUCAUCCCCGGCCACUCUUCCUCCUUCCCCACCCAGACCACCAACAACCGCGCCUUCAUGGCGAACGGUAGACAAAUGGACGACGCCGACUUGGCCUCGCAGUUCAAGAAGUCCCUCACCCUCGACGAAGCCCAGAGCCUUGCCGCCGGCGCCCAGAACUUCCAGUUCAACCCCGUGUCCCAGCCCUGGAGGGGAGACGUCGCUGCUACCGGCGACGUCUACGCCGAUGCCAUGGCCCAAUACCUCCCCCACAACAAGCGCAGCUCCGUCGUCGGUGCCUCGGGCGGCCAGUACCGCGUAGUAGCGAGCCCAAAGACAUUCCCGCCCCAGUCGUCCGACCCCUGGGCCCAGAGGCAAUCGCCCCGCGACCUGAGAAUGGUCCCGGACGGUGACCGCCGGACGCCCGUCCCGGCCUUCAUGCAAGCCCAGGCCCCCGCCUUCUACCCCGGCCCCUACUACAGCCCCAACUUCGCCGGCCAGUACCCUCCCCAGAUGUUCGACCCCUACGGCAGGCCCUCGCUGCCUCUGCCAGGCUACGGUCUGCACAUGGCGCCCUACUCCAUCCCCGGCGUCAUGCCUGUCCGGCCUGGCAAGGAUCAGGACCCGGGCAAGGGCGUCCGGAGCCUGUUGCUGGAGGAGUUCAGGUCCAGCUCCAAGUCGAAUAAACGGUAUGAGCUCAAGGACAUUUACGGCCACGUCGUCGAGUUCAGCGGCGACCAACAUGGUUCAAGGUUUAUCCAGCAGAAGCUCGAGACGGCCAAUAGCGACGAGAAGGACCAGGUCUUCCGCGAGAUCGAGCCCAACGCCAUCCAGCUGAUGAAGGACGUCUUUGGAAACUACGUCAUCCAGAAAUUUUUCGAGCACGGCAACCAGGUCCAGAAGAAGGUGCUGGCGUCGCAGAUGAAGGGCAAGGUCGUCGACCUGUCGAUGCAGAUGUAUGCUUGCAGGGUCGUGCAAAAGGCCCUUGAACACGUCCUCGUCGAGCAGCAGGCGGAGCUGGUCAAGGAACUGGAGCCCGAGAUCCUCAAGGUCGUCAAGGACCAGAAUGGCAACCACGUCGUACAGAAGAUCAUCGAGCUCGUUCCCCGCCAGUACAUUGACUUCGUCAUGGACUCGUUCCGCGGCCAGGUCAGCCAGCUGGCUGCCCACAUGUACGCCUGCCGCGUCAUCCAGCGCAUGCUCGAGUACGGCACGGAACAGGACAAGGAGACCAUCCUGGCCGAGCUCCACAGCUCCACGCAGGUCCUCAUCACCGACCAGUACGGUAACUAUGUCGUGCAGCACAUCAUCGAGCACGGCAAGUCCGAGGACCGCUCGAGAAUCAUUCAGCUCGUCAUUGCGCAGCUCGUCACCCUGUCCAAGCACAAGUUCGCGUCCAACGUCGUCGAGAAGUGCAUCCAGUACGGUACCGCCGAGGAGCGCAAGGGUAUCCGGGAGCAGAUCAUCUCUCACGCCGCCGACGGUACCAGCUCGCUCCAGCUGAUGAUGAAGGACCAGUACGGAAACUACGUGAUCCAGAAGCUGCUGAACCAGCUAGAGGGCGCUGAACGAGAGGCCUUUGUUGAGGAAAUGAGGCCCCAGUUCAACACGCUGCGCAAGACGAGCACGAGCCGCCAGCUGGCGGCCAUCGACAGGCUCAUCUACGCGACGCAGACCCCCCCAUCCAAGUCCGGAGGGUCCCAAGCCGACUCGACGGCCCCGACCCCGGUGCUGACGAUGGAGCCCAACAGCCCGCAGAGCAGCAGCCCCCCCAGCACCAGUGCCAGCGCCGUCGGCGAGGUUGCGGAGGAUGACAACCACAAGAUCAGCGCCCGGGGCGGCGUCAGCCUCAAGGUGGAGGUAGACGAGGCCUAAACAGCACAUGACACAACCAAGGGAUGGGCGGCGGCGUCCGGGGUUGAUUUGAGAUAUCACGAACAUGCAUCACGACGACGCCAUGCGGAUUUGAUGAUGCCGGCCGUGGGAUGUCCCCCACGUGCCGGGCUUGUUUCAAAACGAUGACAACUAAUUCCUGUUUACAUUUGACUGCUCUGAAUAUGCACCACCAAAAAAAAAAUCAACAACACAUACAUGGUGGGAAAUGGUCACCACAGUAGAAAAUUGUCUGGACAAAGAAAGGGCAAUGGAAAACAUAGCAAGGGAUGGACAAAACGGACACAAUGGGUGUUGUUACAUGUUCUACGUUUAUUUUCCCAGGUAAUGAUUCUCAGAGCGACUAGGGGGGACGACUAC